AUGCCGCAGCACACUGCGACCACAACAGGAGCAGGAGCCACUGCAGUCAUGACGACGCCAGUCACCUCAAGAACGAGCAAGUGCGUCCGCUGGUCCACUGUGACCGUGUACGAGUUUGGCGUGACUCUGGGCGGGAGCGCCGUCCCCCGUCGCGGUGGACCGUCCAUUGGGCUGGCGCGUACGCCGCAGCACGUGUGGAGCACGACACUGGAGACGGUGCGACGGUGUGGGGACUUGGCCCUCACGCGGCCGAGCAACGAGGUGGUGGACGACAUUAGUGGACGGGAGCAGGAGAGGGAAGAGCGGCACAAACGUCGCGUCCAGCGGCGCAGGAGCCGCGUGCGAUGGCUCAAGCCGCUGGAGCGCAUUUCCAUGUUGACGAAGGCUGGCUGCAGUGAGGAGCGCAUUUACCGCAUGAUGAUGGAAAGCUCGGACAUCGCCAUGUCGAGGAGGCUCUGCGUGUCGGUGCAGCGUCAAGUGGCGGCGUGA